AUGAGGAAGAGCAGGGCCGAAUGUCUUGAGCUUAUCAGCUCCGUCAAGACGAUCGCCACCGCAAAGGCAGUCCACGUACAGAUCGUCGACAAGAUCUUCCUCGACGAUGUCUUCCUCUGCAACAAGCUCAUCGAGAUGUAUGGCCGCUGCCGGAGCUCACGCGAGGCACGCACCAUCUUCGACGCGAUGCUCGCCAGGGACUCCUUCUCCUGGGACACGAUGCUGCUGGCGUACACUCGGACCGGCAACCUCGAGCAAGCCAAGCAGAUCUUCGAUGAGAUGCCCAGCAAGAAUCUCAUCUCCUGGACGAGCCUGCUGAAUGGGUGCCUGGAAGACGCUACGCUGCUGUUCCAGGAAAUGCCCAGCACCAACCUGGUGUCGUGGAACACUCUGCUCGACGCUUUUGUGGAGGCUGGGAAGCUGGAAGAGGCCGGGGACUUGUUUCACAGGAUGCCACUGCACGACUUGAUCUCCUGGACGACUAUCCAUCACGCUUAUGCCCGGUUUGGGUAUAUAGACGAGGCAAAGCUCGUCAUGGAGGCUAUGCCCGAGAGUGACACAGUCUGCUGGACAGCGAUGCUUUCGGCGUAUGCUCAGCUGGGGAGCCUGGACAGUGCCAAGGCUACGUUCGACUACAUGCCGCAGAGGGACCUGGUCUCUUGGAACACGAUGCUUGCGGCGUAUACUCAAAACGGACGCCUCGACGAUGCAAAGUUUGUGUUUUGGGGGAUGCCCGAGAGGGACUUGUUCUCGUGGACGACGAUGCUGGCUUGUUACGUCGAAGGGGGGCAUUUGGAGGAGGCCAGGAGGGUGUUUGACGGCAUGCCACAGCGAAACGUGAUCGCCUGGAACGUCAUUCUAGCGGGGUACGCACAGGUCGGACUCAUGGAUCGAGCAACGCUACACUUCGACUCGAUGCCGUUUCGAGACUUGAUAUCCUGGAACAUCAUGCUCGGCGGCUACGUCCAGAUCGAAGGUGGUCUUCGCGAGGCGGAGGUGUUCUUCCGGGGGAUGCCGCAGCACAACUUGGUGUCGAGGAACACGAUGCUCACAGCGUUCGCCCAGGCCGGAUUCAUCGAGAAGUCGAGGGGCUGCUUCUCAUCGAUGCCGGAGCACAACCAAGUCUCGUGGACGUCGAUGCUGGCGGCGUUUGCUCACAACGGCCGGGUCGAGGAGGCCAAGUUCACGUUCCUGUCGAUGCCGCAGCGAGACUUGGUCGCCUGGAACGCGAUGCUGGCGGCCUACGCUCGAAACGGACAGCUCCUCGAGGCGAAGCAGGCUUUCAGCGACAUGCCCGAGCGGAGCCUGGUUUCGUUCAACGGCAUGCUCUCGGCCUACGCGCAAAACGGCCAUCUCCGGCUCGCCAGGCAGCAGUUCGAUCGCAUGCCCGAGAGAGACCUCGCUUCGUGGUGCGCGAUCCUGGCGGCCUACACCCAGAACCGAGGACACACCAGCGGCAUCGUCGAGCUCUUCAACGCGAUGAAGCUCACGGACAUGCAUCACGGGGCGUGCUUCGUGGCGGUGCUCGUCGCGUGUAGCCGAGCCGGGAAGCUUUCGGACGGGAGGAGAUGGUUUGGAUCGCUGCUCGUCGACUUUGGCGAGCGGCCGACGAGGCAGCACUACUGCUGCAUGGUGGAUCUCUUGGCUCGGGCGGGGCACUUGGACGACGCGGAGGCGCUGGUGGUGGAGAUGCCGCUGGGCUCGAGCGCGCUCCAGUGGAGGUGCCUGCUUGGAGCUUGCGGGAAUGGCUAUGGCGGUAUCGAGCAGGGUGGCCGGGUUGCGAGCUCCGUGCUGGACUUGGGUGGAGGCGAUGGAGCUGGCUAUGUUCUUCUCAGCAAUCUUUGCUACUCGGUUGGAGCUCCGGAGAAUUGGAUUGCUACAAAGGAGAGGAAGAAGCUCGCGGCAAGAGCUCCAAGAUGA